CUUCAUCACUCUUCAAAAGUCUUCAAUAUCCUUGACUAUGGUUAAAAUUAAACAAUUAUCCAUCCACGCAAGCAUUGACUCAAGUACCCAAUAAUCCCGCAAAAAUAUGCAUAUGAGAUCCACCAUUAUUAUUGGCUAAUACAGCUUGGUCAACCUUUUCCCACCUUCCCACAAUAAAUCCAAAAAAUAAUAUCCUUUCUUACACCCGAUUCCCAUUUCAUCAUCCUUCACAUUGAUUUGAUCGAAACAAGGAAAGAGAAGAAAAUAUGUCAAAAGAAUCAGAAUUUUUUAUUGGAUCAAUCGAUCAAGGAACAACUAGUACUCGAUUCAUCAUAUAUGAUGGAUCUGCAAAAGCAAUUGCAUCUCAUCAGAUUGAAUUCACUCAGUUUUACCCUGUUGCUGGGUGGGUGGAACAUGAUCCAAUGGAGAUAUUGGAAAGCGUGAGAAUUUGUAUUGCUAAAGCAUUGGAUAAGGCUACAGCUGAAGGUUAUAAUAUUGAUUGUGGGUUGAAAGCUAUUGGGAUCACAAAUCAGAGGGAAACAAGUGUUAUUUGGAGUAAAUCAACUGGGCUUCCUCUUUAUAAUGCCAUUGUUUGGAUGGAUGCUCGUACUAGUUCCAUUUGCAGGAAGCUCGAGAAGGAAUUAGCAGGAGGGCGUAAUCAUUUUGAGCCAUCAUGUGGGUUGCCUGUUAGCACCUAUUUCAGUGCAACUAAGUUACUAUGGUUAUUAGAGAAUGUAGAACCAGUUAGAGAUGCUGUGAAAAAGGGCGAUGCCCUUUUCGGAACAGUUGACUCUUGGUUGAUUUGGAACAUGACUGGAGGUGUGAAAAAUGGAGUACACGUGACUGAUGUAUCGAAUGCCUCACGAACUAUGUUAAUGAAUCUAAAGACCUUAAACUGGGACGAAGAUACGUUGAAAACCCUCAAAAUCCCCCCUGUACUUUUGCCAAAAAUCGUAAGCAAUUCUGAGGUAAUUGGAAACAUUGCUACCGGCUGGCCUAUCCCAGGUGUUCCGAUUGCUGGAUGUUUAGGUGAUCAACAUGCAGCAAUGUUAGGGCAGGCUUGUAAAAGGGGUGAGGCAAAAAGCACUUAUGGAACUGGUGCUUUUAUACUCCUCAACACUGGUGCAGAUCUCGUGCAUUCAAAGCACGGGCUAUUAACCACACUAGCAUUUAAACUGGGGCCUUCAGCACCAACAAACUAUGCUCUAGAAGGGUCUAUUGCUAUUGCAGGUGCUGCAGUUCAGUGGCUUAGGGACGGUCUUGGUAUUAUACAAAGUUCCGCGGAAAUUGAAGAGUUGGCCUCAAAAGUUGAUUCAACGGGUGGUGUAUAUUUUGUUCCGGCCUUUAAUGGACUGUUUGCUCCUUGGUGGCGUGAUGAUGCUCGUGGUGUUUGUGUUGGAAUGACAAGAUUUACUAACAAGUCACACAUUUGCAGGGCUGUGCUGGAGAGUAUGUGUUUUCAGGUCAAGGAUGUUUUAGAUUCCAUGCAUAAGGAUGCAGGGGAAAAAGGUGAGGUUAAGAAUGAGAAGGGUGAAUUCUUGCUUAGAGUAGAUGGUGGUGCUACUGUGAACAACCUCUUGAUGCAAAUUCAGGCUGAUAUCCUGGGCAGUCCAGUGUUAAGACCUGAAGACAUCGAGACAACUGCACUUGGAGCAGCAUAUGCAGCAGGAUUAGCUGUUGGUGUGUGGACCCAAGAUCAAAUUUUUGCGACCGAGGAGAAAGCUAAGACUGCCCGCACUUUCCAUCCAACAUUAGAUGACGACUUACGAAAGAAGAAGGUCGAAUCCUGGUGCAAAGCUGUGGAAAGGACUUUUGAUUUGGCUGAUCUUUCUCUGUGAUAUGUGGUUUGAUCUUCUUUGUCUUCUACUUAUACUUCUCAUAUUGAAAAUAACAGUCAUUAGCUCACAUUUAAAUUUUCUUGAAUACAUCUUACAUACAUAUCUAUUAUCACAGUCUGUUUCCGAGCUGACAGCUCUUUGGCUACAUCGUCCUUUAUGAUUAUAGUUUGACGUCUUUUGUUCUCCCCUUAGACCCUGAUUAUAGUUUCUAUGAACGGAAUAUACCGUGUAUUAUCUGUAUAACAGUGAAACUAAUGAAUAAUGGAUUAAUUAUUGGUAA